AUGGGGUUCUACUUCUACCUCUACGUAUCUAUGCUCAAGUUGCUUUACAGUGGUUCUGUAUAUAGUUAUAACCACUUGUCGUUGCUGUUAGCGAUAGGGGGAAAAUUUGCAGCCAGUUUCCAGUGCUGUGUUCUGGGCGUUGGACAGCUGGUUGCCUGGAACACCAUUCUGACUAUUUCGGACUACUACUACCAGGUUUUCCCGGACUACCAUCCGUCUCGAACGCUGACGCUCGUUUACCAGCCCUUUGUUCUGGGAACGAUAUCAGUAUUGGUUUUUGUGGGACAGAAAAUCAAAAACCAAAGGAGAGUCUUCACCGGUUACUGCCUAUUUGUAAUUGGCAGCAUUUUGCUACUAACGGUUGACAUCGUAACCAAAGGAAAGGGAGGAAUAACCCCGUUUCUCCUUUUAUCCAUUGUAUCGGCGGGAUUUGGCGUAGCCAACGCCCUUGUCGAAGGAGCAAUGAUAGGCGACCUUAGCUGCAUAUGCCCCGAUCUUAUCCAGCCCUUCGCCGCAGGGCUUGGUGUAGCAGGAGCCAUAACGUCAGUUUUAAGGCUGCUUACCAAAGCAGUCUUCCAGAACUCCCGGGACGGCCUAAGAAAAGGGGCAUUAUCAUUCUUAGCCAUUUCACUCUUCAUCGAGCUAGUAUGUGUGAUCAUAUACGGUGUGAUGUUUCCGAAGCUGCCCAUGGUCCAAAAGCAUCGAGCACGCUCGGGUUCAAACCCAGUGGAACCCGUUGAGGAAGUCCCACCACUAUCCAACCAACAACUGGCGCAUCAGAACUUGGACAGGGUUAUAAGUUUAUUCCUGAUAUACGCUUUGACGUUGUCAAUAUUUCCCGGGUUCCUCUACGAGAACACGGGAAAGCAUUCGCUACAUUCGUGGUACCCUCUCGUCCUCGUUACUUGUUUCAACUUAAGCGAUGCGCUUUCUCGAUACAUCACUAUGGUCAAACCCCUUAAAAUGCAAUCAGGAAAAGUGAUAGUAGCCUCUGUUCUUGCUCGAAUGUUGUUCCUUCCCGCCUUUUAUAUCACCGCAAGGUACGCAGAUCAGGGUUGGAUGAUCACCCUGACAUCCUUCCUAGGCAUUUCAAACGGUUAUCUUACCGUCUGCGUACUCACGCAAACACCAAAGAGAACUUACAAUGUAUCUGAAGCUAAUACUCUCGGCAACAUCCUUGUAGCCUCGAUGCUUGGGGGGAUCUUUGCUGGUGUCUGCCUUUCAUGA